AUGCCGUUACGGACUCUGCUGCCGUCGAAACCUGCCUCAGGUCCUCCUCACCGGAGACACAGCAGUAUCAUCGAAGAUUCCCCCUCGACAUCGGUCAGCAGCAAUGUGCCGCCCACUCGUACCCGCAGCCGUGGUAGCUCGUUGAAGAGACUGAGUUUGAGUCUGUCGCGGACAAACGAAGAACCCUUCCCUCCAUUUUUGACACAGGAUCUCGAAGGACUUUCCACCGACCUGCCCUCCGCUCAGCCUGAUGAACCCUCCCCCCAACGUGACCUGCCAAAGAGCGCCAGCACUCCGACAACCAGAUCAUCUACACAGAUUGAAGGCGACGGAACAAAUGGGCUCCGAAACAACCUUGGUUCUGGUCCGUUGCCCAUGCCGCAAAGGCUGUCGCUUUUGGGAAUGAGGCAUGCGUCAGACCCCCAACUGUCUACCAGAUUUAAGAAUGAGGAGACCAGUCCUAUGAAUGAGGUCCCACCGCCCACGAUCAUCACAACCGCGCCGACAACAAACGAAUUUGACGAGCCUACCCAGAAACCAUCCAAGCGAAGACUGUUCACCCGAGCGCCGAGUCCUUUCCGGAAGAGUCACAGCUUUAGGCGGACUAUCCUAGACCCUUUGAAAGGCACAGCGACGGAAGACGGGCAGGAUGAGAAGGGGAGCUUGGCGAAGCCUGGGAUGCUCAAAGAAUCCACCUCCUUUGAGCGCCUCCCGCGACCGAAGACUGGCCAUUCUAGCGGGGAGCCACCUGCAUACGGCGACGAAUCUUCAUCCUCACUAGCGAUCCCCAUUACGAGACUGUCGGAAUCGUCUCGAUCAGAUGACAGUUCUGGCGACCACCAUGUCUACGCAAAGACCACCACCACCACGCACACCAUCUCUACCACCACCACCUUCUUCAAACUCAAGAGGCGGAAGAAGAACAAAGGUCCACUGUUUCCGCUGCCGGAAAAGUUUGCAGCACCCGCCUCUGGCCGAACCACGACCUCACACACCCCCCAGGACUCCCUGUUCGGGAGGAAAUCAAUGUCGCCGAGUAGGAGAUCAAACACGGCGGUCAGGUUCGAUACUGAGCCAAGUCGACAUGGUUCUGCAGUUCCUUCGCCCACGCAUUCUGCCGUGGCACUUACCAAUGCUCCGUUUGGGUCGCCGGGAGCCACCAUCAUCCGGCAAGACUCCAAUUGGUCAACCCACUCUGGUCAAUCAACGCCAUCAGUGACACUGGUUCCUCCGCGAGUGUCCGGGAGAGGAAGAUCUUCGACCCUCAGUUCGCUGGGAAAGUCGACUGAGAGGUUAUCUGACGCGCUUCCUCAGCCAGCAUCGACGCGUACGUCGACAUCGACGAGUGGCAGAAGGAGCUUUGGCGACCUAUUGUCUCUUCCCCACAGACUCCGGCAGAAUUCUGCACCACCCACGCGCCCCGGUGGCGGCUCGGUCCCAGGAACGCCAGGCUCCAAAUCCAACUCUCUACACAUUCCUCGAGAGCCGGAACCGGAGCGUGUGUAUCCCAAACGAGAGGAUGGCGAUACGCCGGCCAGUUACUUGGAAAAACUCGAAGCCGCAGUUCCGAGGAGCGCGAUGGCAACAAUUCUCUGCAAGAGCGCAGACGACUUCUCCAAAACGUGUUUGCGCAAGUACAUGCGUGGUUUUUCCUAUUUUGGUGAUUCCAUUGACAUGGCGAUCCGGAAAAUGUUGAUGGAGGUAGAGCUGCCCAAGGAAACGCAACAGAUCGAUCGACUGCUGGCCGGGUUUGCGGACAGAUACUAUGAAUGUAACCCCGGAAUCUUCUCCUCGACUGACGAAGCAGCCUUCGUUGCGUUCUCCAUCCUUCUCCUUCACUCGGACACGCACAACAAGAACAACAAGCGGAAGAUGCAGAAACAGGAUUACGUCAAGAAUACCCAACAGGGUCCCGUCCAGAUCUCCAGUGAUAUCCUCGACUGCUUCUACGACAACGUGUGCUACACGCCCUUCAUCCACUUCGAAGACGAGGUCGCCGUCAACAGCCACCGUCUGUCGGCGCCCAAGCCAAAGAGGAGCUUGAUCAAGACUAGGAGCCUCGAAAGCCUUCGUGGUCCUGUCGACCCAUACACUUUGAUUUUGGACAAUAAGCUGGACGUCUUGCGGCCGUCUCUGAAAGAUGUCAUGGAUACGGAGGAUUGUUAUUGUUCCACUGGGACGGCCGGUGUGCUCGAAACGGAACAUCAUCACAAGGCCUUUGUCAACUCAGCCGUGCUGCAGAUUGUAUCUGCGAGAUCGAGGCCGGACGCUUUUCUAUCCCAAGCCACCAUUAGCAAUCCUGGCGAAGCGCAAGCGGGCCUGGUCAGUAUCAAGGUUGCCAAAGUGGGAUUGUUGUGGCGCAAGGACCCGAAGAAGAAGAAAGCCAAACGGCCGUGGCAGGAAUGGGGCGCGAUCCUGACCGAUUCGAAGCUCUACUUCUUCAAGGAUGUCGGAUGGGUCAAGAAGCUGAUCGCGCAACAUGAUGCCCACUCCAAAUCGACCAAUCGAUCUGCUCCUCUGGUCUUCAAACCGCCACUGACCUUGUUUGAGCCUGACGCGCUGAUGUCGAUGGAUGAUGCAGUGGCGUUGUUGGAUUCGAGCUACAAGAAACACAAAAACGCCUUUGUCUUUAUCAAGCACGGAGGUUUCGAGGAAAUCUUCCUGGCUAACAGCGAGGUCGAGAUGAACGACUGGAUCGGGAAGCUCAACUACGCAGCCACUUUCCGCACCGCCGGUGUGAGGAUGCGCGGGCUGCUAGGAUCUAACUACGAAGGCCGUCAUCUUCUUCGAAAGGACUCAGAGAUUUCCACCAAGAGCGGGGAUACCAUGCAGAAGGACAAGAAAGUCGACGCUCAGAUGGCGUGGGAGAUCAUGUUCUACCGGCGGCAACUGAUCAAUGAGAAAAUCAGCGAUUUCGACGAGCGGAUUGCGGUGGCGCAAAAGGAACUCGACCACCUCCUCCGCAAUGCGCGGCACCUGCUCAUCCUGCUCCCAAUCCAGCAGAAGACGCGUGAAUUCCUCGUGCUGGCUGCCGGGCGGAUGUCGGCCAAAUUGAAAUGGACCAGGGUCGAACUAUGGCGAACGAGAACCCACCGAGACAUUCUCUUCAAGGACCUCGAAGAGGAGGGGUCCACGGCGUUCCCUGCUCCCAAGGCGUCGACGAUCCUGACGCCCCAGAAGACCACCCCUCUGAGGACGGGCCAGGCAGACCUCGGGAGAACCAUCACCGACACGAGCCACGUCACCUUGUCACCGAUCAGUGCUACCUCCUCGAGGCCGUCCAACAUCAUCGAUAAGCUCAAGACGCCGGAGAACGUGAGCACGCGAACCGACUUGAGCACGUCCGAUCUCCCCUUGACCACAAGCCCCUCUUUGUCAGCCGAGCCGUCCUUGUCGAGGCACGAAAGUAUUCAUGAUUCACACAGUCUGUCACACCAAGUGUCUACCACCAGUUCUCGUCACAGCCGAGAUAGAGACCGGCUCACACGGGGGGCGGAUGACUCUGAGGAGCGGGUGUUACGUGAAGCCGGGCUGAUGCAUGUGGACGGUAAUGUCGCCCGCGAGAAGAGGCCCGACACCAGCGAGUCGGAGAGGGACCGCGUCGGCGCCAUGAUUGGUGGUGCGGCCGAGCCUUCGCCCCAGGGCGGUAGUGUCCGCCGAAGCCUCCAGCGCAGCUUGCGCGAGCCCCAUCAUAACCAUCAUCAUCACCACCAUCCGCUUCACCAGUCCCCUAGUGUUCAUCGCCAUAAGAAGGGUAAGGAAUCGGGCUCUAGUUUGGCUGCGACGGACGACGGUGAAGCUGAGGAGUUGAAGCGAGGUGCCGGCAGUUUCAUUCUGCAUGGCAAGAAGGCCAGUGUCAUCACUAUGUCUUCCGAAUGGCAGCACAUGUCGAACGAGGAGAGGCUGAAGUUGAGAAAGGCCGAGCGGGCCAAUGAAGAGGCGAUUGACGACAGGGCGCCCGUAACGCUCGGGACGGCCGACACCGCUUCCUCGGCGCAUGGAGAGGAAUGGGAUGAACGGUUCAGGUCGCCCGAUUCGAGUCGGAAACAAAGCUUUGCGACCACGUCGGGGGAACAGUUUGUGGACGCGGAAACGGGAGAGGGGGAGGGGGAGGGGGAGGGGCCGGCCAAGGGGGCCAGUGAUAACAUGCGGCUCACAUGA